AUGGUCUCCGGAGCCGAGAAGAAGAAGCGACGUGCCGCCGCCGCCGCCGCUGCCGAAGCAAACGUCGCGCUGCCAUAUACCAGUGUGGAUCCACCCAAGCACAGCACUUUUGCGUCACCGGCAUCGGUCAACAUACCCUCGAACACAACGAGCGCGGUUUCAAUGCUGCCCCAUCCGUUCGACAAGUUCGUGAGCCGCAUCGACCCCACUUUGCUCAUCGAGUUGUACUUCGACCUGGGCGUACUUUACAAGGAGCUGGAUAAGGAGAAGCACGAGAAAAGCUGGCAUGAAGGUUACCUCGUUCGUCUGGAUCUUGGGAAGGUUGAGGGUCGCAAGGAGGGCGCGACACAGAUGCGUCGCGAAGUUCGCGACGAAGUUCAGGACGAUAUGCGGCGCGAGCGCAUGCGUCGCAAAUGCGAGAUCGCCACUCAGACGGAGCCGCUUCCACUUCCGCCUUUGUCAAGCACCAUACCACCGCCCGCACCUCAGUCUCAAUUGCAAUUCAAUUGGGCUGAAGAUGUCGACACGGUACUAUCGUCUCAGCCCCCGCCGAUCAUCCCACUUGCUACCGCACCACGCGAUCUCUCGUCGCUUCGUCCAUCAAACGGCUCAAAACCUUUCGGCUCGCUUCAGAAGCGCAAUCGUCGUGCUCAUUGUCGGUUUAGGGAUACAAUCUUUCCUUCAUCUCAAGAUCGUCGCAUGGCAUCUGGACGCUCACGGCGAGAGUCUUUGCGCCGAAUUCACCAUGAUAACGCUCGACCAUUCACACCAAUUUACUUUUGA